AUUACAUCUAGUUUUUUUUGAUCGAUCUCCUUCUAUAUAUAACAUUAUGGGAUGUUUCACUUCUUAUCCAAGUCAUCUCUUCAGAAUUGUUGCAGCAAAUUAAGAUGAAUUCUAAGUUGCUGCUUGUUUUGUUUUUUGGUGCCCUAGUUUGCAGCAUUUCUGCUAGGAAACUUGUUACUCAAAAUGGUUCUUUUCAGGAGGAGAAGAACUUGUUUCAUCGCCCUGGACUUGGGGGUGGCCUUGGUGGUGGCGCAGGAGGUGGAGGAGGCUUAGGUGGUGGUGGUGGGCUUGGUGGAGGAGCAGGUGGUGGUGGAGGACUUGGUGGGGGAGCAGGUGGUGGACUAGGUGGUGGAGGUGGACUUGGAGGUGGAGCAGGCGGUGGACUUGGAGGUGGAGCAGGUGGAGGAGCAGGAGGUGGACUUGGUGGAGGAGCUGGUGGUGGAGGUGGACUUGGAGGUGGAGCAGGUGGUGGAGGUGGACUUGGCGGUGGAGCAGGUGGGGGAAGUGGACUUGGUGGUGGACUAGGCGGUGGAGGUGGACUUGGUGGUGGAGGUGGAGCAGGCGGUGGAGGAGGACUUGGAGGAGGUAAAGGUGGUGGAGCUGGAUUUGGAGGAGGUGCAGGUGGUGGAUCUGGAGGUGGUCUUGGUGGGGGUGCUGGAGGUGGCGGUGGAUUCGGUGGUGGAGGUGGAGCUGGUGGAGGAGUAGGCGGAGGAUCUGGUUUUGGUGGUGGAUCAGGAUUUGGAGGUGGAGCUGGGGGUGGAGCUGGAGGUGGAGCUGGAGGAGGAGGAGGAUUUGGAGGCGGUGGUGGUGGUGGACUAGGUGGUGGAUCUGGUGGAGGAUUUGGUGCUGGUGGAGGUUCCGGCGGUGGAAUUGGAGCCGGAUUGCCUUGAAGAUACAGAAAAUGCAGCUAUCCAAUAUUUAUUACCAAAGAUUAAUCUAAGUAUACCCUUACAUUGUAUCACGAGAAUAUUAUUAUAUAUUGUGUAUUUACGGAAUUGUUAAGGCUUCCUUUUCAUUGUUCCACAAAUGUGAUCUUUGUUUGUUGCUCAUUUUCUAAAUGUUAACGGAAAAAUUAGUAAUAA